AUGGCUUCAUUGGGUGCCGCUGCAUUUGCAGCUUUAUUGGCCCCUAUCAACAUGGUUGUCAAGCCUUCUCUGCACCAAGCUUAUUGGGUGGAAUUGUUGGGGCAAAUUCCAUCUCUGGUGCUGCCCGGCAUGGGUGUGGCCUCGUCGGCUCCUCGUCAUAUCCCAGUUCGACAAAGGGCAUUCUUUUCGCUCCAUUUCAGUCUAGGCCUCUGUUCUCAUCUGCAUUCUAAAGAGGCAAUGCUUGCCCAACUUGCAAAAGAUUAG